GGAUGCCUGCGGGCGAUGGGCCAACGAUCCGACCCGAUCCUCUCGGUUAUUCUCGAGCCGCUGACUGCUGACUUUUCGACGAGGCUUCCAACAAAACCACGGCCCGCCUCCUCUCUCCCCUUUAAUCGCUCAAACCUAAACCCUAGCUCGCCACCACGCAGCUCCACCUCCAUGGCUUACCGGAGUUCCUACCCCGAUCCAGAGUCUUCCGAUCAGCGACGAGAACGCCUCUACAACCCCUACCAGGACCUCCAGCUCCCCGCCAAGACCCUGUACAAGCUCCCCACGUCCCCGGAGUUCCUCUUCUCCGAGGAGUCCCUCCACCAGCGCCGCUCCUGGGGCGAGAACCUCACGUUCUACACCGGCUGCGGUUACGUCGCGGGCUCCAUCGGCGGAGCCUCUCAUGGCGCCUUCAACGGCAUCAAAUCCAUCGAGCCCUCCGACACGCUCAAGCUCAAGAUCAACCGCCUCCUCAACUCUUCCGGCCACUCUGGUCGCGCGUGGGGGAACCGGCUGGGCGUCAUCGGGCUGCUUUACGCGGGAAUCGAGAGCGGGAUCGUGGCGGUGACCGACCGGGACGAUUUGUGGAGCAGCUUUGGGGCGGGACUCGGCACCGGCGCGGUAUACAGGGCUGCGAGGGGUGUGAGGUCCGCGGCCGUGGCCGGAGCUCUUGGCGGCGCCGCGGCAGCUGCAGCCGUUGCGGGGAAGCAGGUGAUGAAGCGAUACGUGCCAAUAUGAGGUCUUGUAAUGCGAUAACAAGCUCAAGGUUUCGUGUCUAUUCUUGAGAUAGUCUGUUAGUCUGCUCUCACUUGAGUUAUAUAUCAAUGAACCUUCAAAGAACGGUGCCCAAUUUGUUGAAUUGUUCUCUGAUAAAUAAUGAAAGUGGGAAAAAGAUACGGAGCUGUUAGCUUUGCAUGGACAAAUGCAAUGGCUAGUUUUGAUGUCGAAUCAUAAAUCUCUCUGCUUUUGGCUUGAAGUCAUUGUUUUAUAUGCUUGUGAAAGAAGAAAUGGUUAGAAGGUUAUCGACUGUGAUGCAUUCAGCGUGUGCAUUUAUGGUGUAUUUGUUUUGUUUGAGCUA